AUGCGGGGUCUUAUCUCCAUGAGUUUUGGUGUUUCCGAACCUUUUGCAAAUAGUUACAUAUUCGACAUGACAAACUUUUCAAGUCCUAUCGAUAUCGGGAGGUGUUCAUUGAGGCAUCGCGUCGUGAUGGCGCCGAUGACGCGCUUGAGGGCUGAUGAAAAUCACGCACCGUUGGAUAUGAUGAGGGAGUAUUAUGCUCAGAGAGCUUCAGUUUCCGGAACACUUCUCAUCACUGAAGCGACGUUUGUUUCGGCGAAAUCACGGGGCCGUGACGAGAACGCGCCAGGCAUAUUUACGCAGCAGCAGGUCGAAGCAUGGAGACAUGUAACGGACGAGGUUCACAGCAAAGGGUCCUUCAUCUUCAUGCAGCUAUGGCACGUCGGCAGAGCAGCUCGACAACAUGCCCUGGACAAGGCUGGCCUGGAAAUGGUCAGCAGUAGCGAUAUUCCCAUCAGCAACGAAUACCCGACACCACGGCCCAUGACGACCGAAGAAAUCUGGGAGUGCAUCGCAUCUUUCGCCAGCGCCGCCAGGAAUGGCAUCGACGCAGGUUUUGACGGGGUCGAGAUUCAUGCUGCCAAUGGAUACCUCAUCGACCAAUUCACGCAAGAUACGUGCAACAGACGAACAGAUGAGUGGGGCAGCAGUAUCGAGAAUCGGUCACGGUUCUGUCUUGAGAUUGCGAAAGCUGUUUCACAAGAGAUAGGCCCGGAUCGGACAGCCAUUCGACUGUCACCUUUCAGUACGUUCCAAGGCAUGCGAAUGCAGGACCCGGAGCCGCAGUUCACCCAUCUGAUCUCCCAGUUGAAGCAUCUGGGGCUCGCGUACCUACAUCUCGUUGAGCCCCGUAUUGCCGGAAACGCGGACAGGGAGACCGACGACAAGGAAAGCCUUGACUUUGCGCUUGAUGCAUAGGGUUGGGUCGGACCAGUCAUUCGAGCUGGAGGUUACACAGCGGAAAAGGCAAACAAAGCCUUGGAAACAAGUUUCGAAGACCAGCCUGUUGCGUUUGCCUUUGGAAGACACUUCAUAUCUAAUCCGGAUUUGCCGCUCAGACUCGCGAGGAAUCUUCCCCUGGCGCCGUAUCAGAGGGAUACCUUUUACAAGGUAAAGAGCGAGGAUGGGUACACGGAUUAUCCUUUCAGCGAAGCAUGGAAGGGGGGACAAACGGUAGAGUAAACAGCGGUAUAGAGAGUGAUCAGUUUGUCUGAUACGACAUUUUCGUUGCUGCGUUUGUUGGCGCAUGGAAGAUGCUGGAUGUUCACAGAAUAAGUGACGCUAGGCCGCCACAUGAGUUUGGGACCGGGGUGCCUUGAGACGAGAUGAGAUUGAAUGCUAACGUCUCAGAUAAUUAAACUCUCAGUGCACUCAAACAAUAUUCCAAAGCAGCGGAACUUGCUUGUGAGUUUGAAGGCAUACAUGCGCU